AUGUAUCAAGCCCCUUUGCCCUUGCCAUUACGCUACAAAAGCAUCUCGCCGCCCAUGCUGAUUCUCCUGUGGCUAAAGAUAUGCAAAAAUAAACUGUAUGUGGACAAUCUCUUAACUGGAGUGGACACUGAUGAAGAAGGAUUAGCAUACUAUCAUGAAUCACGUGGAUUGUUAAAUGCCGCCGCCAUGCAUCUCCGUCAAUGGGGCUCAAACUCAGAAAAGCUUACCAACCAGAUUCAAGCAGACGGAUUACAAACUAAGUCAAAUGACGUCGGAGUCCUCGGUCUCAAAUGGGCCACCAAAUCGGAUAAACUGUUCAUUGCAAAAAAGGAGUUACCAUUGCCACAGGCACUUACAAAGCGGAUCGCAACUUCACUAACCGCUUCCGUUUUCGACCCACUGGGGUUAAUAGCACCAAUGACUGUUCCCGCCAAAGCAUUUGUAAAUAAACUCUGGAAGCAAAAUAGCAAUUGGGAUGAAAACUUGUCAUCACAGGACCAAGAACAAUGGAUAAAGAUAGCCGAAAACCUCAGACAGGUGAAUGAUGUGAAACUACCACGUUGGCUAGGUGCCAACACCAAAAAACCACUUGAAAUCAUUAUAUUCUGUGACGCAUGUCCAACCACCGCACUUGGAUGCGUCGCCUACGCUAAACAGGAUACCACUAUCGCGCUGUUAGGAUCCAAAAACAAAGUCAUAUCCAGCAAAAACGCACACCAAACAGUACCAAAACUUGAACUGAUGGCCAUGGUGAUGGGAGUUGAAUUCGGCGACACCCUGCGUAAAAUCUACGCAAAGGACUACCCAGCGAUUGAAAUUACCUACACCACAGACUCUGAAAUCGCCCUCUACUGGUUGAAGUCAGGAAAGAAACUCAAACCCUUCGUACAGAAUCGUGUAAACAUCAUCCGGGAGAAAUCCAACCCCAACUCAUGGUAUCACGUGGCAACAGAUGAAAAUUCCGCCGAUAUCCUGUCCCGAGGUGCUACACAUGAAGAAUUACAGAGAUCGUCAUGGAUCACAGGACCUAAAUGGUUAACCCAGCCAAGGCAUACAUGGCCCCUCAAGAAUAUACAGGACAAACCUGAAAUCGCGAUAACCCUUGCCGCAGGAGUAGAAAUGGCAAAUGUUUUUCAACCAGCCAGUCAAAACAUAAACAUGAGCAAUGUCAUAGAUAUCAACAGGUUUAGCUCAUUGCAGAAACUUCUCCGAGUCACCGCGCUUGUGACACGCGCCUUCAGGUCAGGACCAAUCAACCGUAGCAUGCUUACUGCAGAGGAUGUAAACAAAGCCGAGAAAUUAUGGAUAUCACAUAUCCAAACCACAGCAUAUGCAGACGUACUGACCUACUUCCAAUGCCUCCACUCCGGGAGGGCUACCAGGUUUCCUAAACGCCCAGCCAUCAUUAACCAGCUCGGACUAUUCAUAGAUAAAUCGAACAUUAUCCGCUGCGGGGGGAGAAUCUCCGCCGCUGAUGUGGCACCGGACCGCAAAUAUCCGAUUCUACUGCCCCACCGAUCCUACCUGACAACAUUGGUCAUUCAAAACGCUCAUCAUACCAUGGUUCACUAUGGUGUUGGCUCAACCAUGGCACACCUUCGUAACAAAUACUGGAUUACGUCCAUGCGGGCGUCAGUGAAGAAAGUCAUUGGACGCUGCGUCAUCUGCAAGAAAGUAGCAGGCCGGCCAUACCUCACACCCGUCGCACCACCACUACCAGAAUUUCGAAUAAACGAUCUAACCGCCUUCAAAUCUACAGCAGUGGACUUUACAUCGCAUCUCUACGUGCGAGUCAAUAACACCACUCAGAAAGUGUAUGUCUGCCUCUUCACUUGUUGCACGACACGCGGUGUACACUUAGAAAUCACUCCUGAUCUUACAGUGGAAUCUUUCAUCAGAUCUUUCAGACGAUUCACGUCAACACAUUCCACACCAAGCCUCAUAUAUUGCGACAAUGCUAAAACUUUCACAGGAGCCGAUGCAGAACUCAAACGCUUAUACAACAUUGUUAGCAGUGACCGCUUCAAAAAUCACCUCACCGACAAAGGAAUAUAUUUCAAAUAUGCGCCUGUACAAGCAAGUUGGUUCGCCGGUGUUCACGAGAGACUAAUUGGUGUAACCAAAUUAGCACUCAAGAAAACUCUAAACAAAUCACUAGUCUCGAUUGACGAAUUCCAGACCCUGAUUAAGGAAAUCCAGGCUACCAUAAACAACAGACCACUUACAUAUCUAUCAGCGGAUCCGAAGGAACUGAAGGCCAUCACGCCAAAUAACCUCAUCUACGGACAUGAUGUCACAUUGUUGCCAAAUGAAGACAUGCAGAAUGAAUCUAUAGGCGUUUUUACACGGUGCGGGUUCAAGCCGGAUCGAGACUAG